GCGGCGGCGACAUGGGCGCCAGAAGGCUCCGGGUCAGAAGCCGGAGGAGCCGGGACAGCCCGGUGCCCACCCAAUGCAAUCAGACCGAGUGCUUCGACCCUCUGUUGCGAAACUGCGUGUCCUGUGAGCUCUUCCACACACCGGACACUGGACAUACAAGCAGCCUGGAGCCCGGGACAGCUCUGCAGCCUCAGGAGGGCUUCGGGCUGAGACCCGACGUGGCACUGCUCUUCGGUGCCCCAGCGCUCCUGGGACUGGUGCUGGCGCUGACCCUAGUGGGUCUGGUGAGUCUGGUGAGCUGGAAAUGGCGGCAACAGCUCAGGAUGGCCUCCCCGGACACUUCAGAAGGAGUCCAACAAGAGUCCCUGGAAAAUGUCUUUGUACCCUCCUCAGAAACCCUUCAUGCCUCAGCCCCUACCUGGCCUCCACUCAAAGAAGAUGCAGACAAUGCCCUGCCACGCCACAGCAUCCCAGUGCCGGCCACAGAACUCGGCUCCACUGAGCUGGUGACCACCAAGACAGCUGGCCCUGAGCAAUAGCAGCAGCGGAGGUUGGAACCCAGGGAGCCCUACUGGGCUUGUGAACCCAACAGCCUGGAAAAUAAUUCAGUGACAGAGACCUUUGCCUAGGGGUGAAGCCAGCAGAACCAGACACUACCUGCCACAGGCUCCCACCAGCGUGAGAUUGUUUUCGUGAGAACAUUCCAUUUUCGAGACGCAUUUUUAAGCUUGUGUGCCUUCGGAUGGUUGGAUAGGCUUGAGGGUUGAAUAUUAACCUCUGUAAUGAGUCAGAGACUGGAAACUGAAUCUCUUUCUAAAAAUUUUGGAUGGUGGACUGGAGACGCGGCUCCUAAGCAGUUCAGUUUAUGUGCUGUUCUUGCAGAGGUCUCCAGUUGCUCAGCUUCCCAUGACUCAUAUCUGGCAGCUUAAAACCACCUGUAACUCCAGCCUCACAAGCAUCCUUGCCUCUGAAGGAACCAGCACUCAUCUGUUCCAGGGUACACACACA